GGUCUGUGCAGUUCCGGAUCGACAAGGUGGAUGAAGAGUGGGAAGGCAGCGUGGCGAUAGGGGCCGUGGCGACGCUGCCCACGGACAGUCUGCCGGCGGUGGCGACUCGGCUCGAGCCGGCCGCCUGGGUUCUCACCGGCGACCACUUAUACGAUGGCACUCGUUAUUUACGCGCUCCGAUGGCUAUCGAGCUCGAAGAUGUGAACGAGCGGUCGGUUCUGACUCUCCACUUCAGGUUCAACAGUGAUCUGGCGGUGGAGUUAGACGGAAGAGUUUUAGCCGUCGUCGGAUCUGUCUCGAGACUCAACAGCCACGUGUACCCCUUGGUCGAUCUCUACGGAAAAGUUUGUCAGGUCUCGGUCUUGCUCCAUCCGUAUUCUAUUACGAGUGGAACGUCCCUAGAUUUGCCGAUAAUCGCUGAAAACAGACGCGAAGAAUCUCUAGCGGAGCUCGAGCAGGAACUGGAGAAUACGAGUGAAGAUAGAUUGCGGCGUCGAAACCGGGCGUUCAGUGAAAACAAUUUGAUAGAGGAUUUCGAGAUGGCGGGGCCCAGCGCGGACGUCGGAGACGCCUCAUUCGACGACGUCAGAGUCGCGCGGAGCAAAGUGAUGCAUCGGAGUUUAACGCUGACCUCGGACAGGGGGCCCGGGGUCGUGCAGAAGAGUCGCUCCACUCACAAUUUCGGGACCGAGGAAUUCGACGGACGAGCGAGGGCCGACUGCGAUACGAACAUUCGGCACAACGACCGCUACCCCGAAGCCGACGUCGACAAUCUGGAUAACGAAAUCGUGGACGCCCUCACCUUGGAGACGGGGAAUCUUCCGGAUCUAACCGAGGAACGCUCCUCGUCGACGGACGACUCCGCUCGAAGGGACGACGCCGAAACGUUUUCGGUGGAGAAUUUAAAUUAUUUGAACAGGAUUUUGGGCCUCGAUCGAGAGAGCGAAGGGAGUCUGGAGGCGGAGUGGGAGGCCUCGGGCGAAGGCUGCGAGCAUCUGCAUCUGGUGCUGAAGUAUUGGAACUUUUUGGUGCUGCCUUACCCGGAGUUGAGGAGAGCGGUUUCUUGGGGACAAGUCGAGUGCUACUGCGGCAAUUGCGUGCCGGACGCCGAGCCGUCGUUCGCCGGUUGGGUCCGCAUCGAGCGCAUCGACGGUAUCGGUGCGGCGACACGUGGCUUCUGGCACAUCGUCCGCUCGACACUCGGCGCGGCACAGGCGGUCGAGCGAGCCGUCGCUAAGCGACCGGCCGAGAUGUCUUCCACCCUUCUGACUACGCCUAGCGAUGUGUGGAUGGACGAAGAAGGGAAGCCGCAUCAUACAGUUUUAGCCAUAGAAAUCGAUAUAGAGGGCAACGAAGCCGACAAAGACAGGCUGCUAGCCUUUCUCAUUUACAUGAAGCCUCACAUCGUUUUCGUCGACGAUAAUCCACCGAGCCUCGACGAAUGACCGGCGGCGACCGUCGCGACUAGUCCUUCGCAACGUGGUUAAACC